AUGACGAAAAUAACAGAUGCAGCAACGAGACAGGCAGUUCAAAGUGCCUAUGACGCCGUUAGAGCAACUGUUGUGGAAAGUCAAGAAAAAGAGUUACAACAGACCAAAACAGACCUAGUAAAUGCUUUCUUAAAAACGAAAAGUCAGGUAGGACAUUAUGCUGCAGAUGGAACAUAUGUGCCAGCUGGUGGAACUUAUAUACCACCAAACCCUCCAAGAGAAGCACCUGCACCAGGACUACCUAAAACAUUUACAUCGUCACAUGGACACAGACACAGGCAUGCACCAAAACCAACACAACAACCAACACAACAACCAACAGUUCAAAACACUGCACCACAACCAACAGUUCAAAACACUGCACCACAACCAACAGUUCAAAACACUGCACCACAACCAACAGUUCAAAACCCUGCACAACAACAACCACAAACAGAGCAAGGACAUAAAAGAAGUAGAGAACAAGGAAACCAAGAAUUCUUAAAAAUGCUUAAGGAAAAUUAUGGUUACCCAGAUACUCUUGACUUUAGUGACAGAUAUAAAGAAGCUAUUAGAAAGUUCAAGGAAGGAAAUACUGACCCGAACCUAUUUAGCUUUAUGGUUCAGCACCAAAUGGGAUAUAAUUUCAAACCUGGAAAAUACAAGCUCGCUAAGGGAUAUGAUUUAAUAGCAUAUCAUCCAAAUGACAUGAACGAAUUUACUCCGAGAUAUUUGGUGUCAGAGAUAAAUGAUGAUUCAACUCUCUUCAUGAAACGCGUAAAAAAUAGAGACGGAACGAAAGAACAAAGGCUUAUGAAUGCGGAUGACUUAAAUAGGGAACUUGUUGAAAACGGUCUCGGAAUAUAUGAAAUGCCAGCAGAUGAGGUACAAGAAACUCCACAGGAAGAAGUUCAGAUACAACCAGACAUGGAAGAAAUAGUUCAGCAACAACAGCUAGAAGAGCCUGAAGGAAACGAACAAGUCCCUCCUUUGGAAACUAACUUCACAGAACUAGAUGAAGAUUUGGAACAGCCGAAAAAUCUUGACCCUCAACAAGAGUAUGAGGUGAAUAUGGAAUCUUUCCAAGAGUCUAAAAAAAAUUCGGCUGACAUGGUAGAAGAAUAUCGAAAAAUGUUUGCCGACAUACAAAAGACUCCAACACCAGAUGAAAAUAUUCAGCAUAGAAUGGAAGUACUGAAAGAAAAUGUACGCAAAUACAAUAACCCUUUUUACUUACGACCAUAUAACGUUCAAUCUUUGGCUGAACUCG